ACCAGGGGAGGUGGUUCAUUCAUUAUACUCGCAUAUACUCGUCUCCUUCUGAUCGACGUCGAUCUUUUGCGGAGCAACCCCAUAUACAUAUUCCGAGAUACAGUAUAUCCCUGCGCAAAUAAUCACAACCAUAUAGAAAAUUGGGGACCUAGCUCAGGACUGUCAACUACCAACUCAACUUUCAUCCUCUACGUUGACAUCGCGUGACAUCUACGACGUCAACCAUGUCGGCUCCAGGAAGCGUAUACGACGCCAAGAAACCCCCUUCGAAGGAUGAUUACGAGCUGGACGACCUCCCCGAGGUCACACAGGGUACGGUCACUCCUGUGGGUAUACCACCUCGAGGAGACCCGGAGUAUGAGGCCAAGUUGGCGCAGUUGGGUCUCGACCCUAACAGCGAACAUGGUGCGGUACAACGUAAUCUGAAGGAGAGGCAUUUGGCGAUGAUUGCUAUCGGCGGAACCAUCGGAACAGGUCUUUUCGUCGGAUCCGGUACAGCGCUCGCUCAAGGAGGACCCGUCGGCGUCUGGCUCUCUUACAUCAUCAUGGGCACAGGCGUCUACGCCGUCAUGGUCGCCCUCGGAGAACUAUGCACCCUCUUCCCCGUCCCCGGAGCUAUCACGCACAUGGCCACCCGUUUCGUCGACCCCGCCAUGGGUUUCGCUUUAGGUUACAACUACUGGUAUUCCUGGGCUAUCACCACCCCGGUAGAACUGUCCGCUAUAGCGAUCGUUAUUUCUUAUUGGGACCCGGAUCAGAAGAUCCACCCUGCCGUAUGGAUCGCCAUCUUUUUCGUGCUCGUCUGCGCGAUCAACUUCCUCGGGGUCAAGUGGUAUGGAGAGAGCGAGUUUAUCGGAUCGACGAUCAAGGUGUUGGCUAUUAUCGGGUUGAUCAUCUUGGGUAUCGUCAUCGACCUCGGUGGGGGGCCGAACGGGGAUAGGAUCGGGUUCCGAUACUGGAUCGAUCCCGGUCCAUUCAACAGUGCCACCACUCACCAGGGUGAGCAGGUCAUCGGUGGAUCUCUCGGACACUUCCUUGCCUUCUUCUCCACCUUCAUUACCUCGGCCUUUUCCUUCAUCGGUACCGAGAUCGUCGCCGUCACCGUCGGAGAAGCUCGAAACCCUCGUCGAGCCGUGCCCCGGGCGAUCCGUCGAGUCUUUUUCCGGAUCGUCACCUUCUACAUCCUCGGGAUCUUUGUCAUCUCCCUCAUCGUACCUUACAACGAUCCUAGGUUGUUGAGCGAUACCGGGAACGCGGCUAGUAGUCCGUUUACUAUCGCCGUUUCCAAUGCUGGGAUCAAGGUGUUGCCCUCGAUCGUGAACGCUAUCGUUUUGGUCGCCGCUUGGUCCGCUGCCAACUCGGAUGUCUACGCCGCCUCCCGUACCCUCCUGGCCCUCUCGCUCGAAGGCAAGGCCCCCAAGAUCUUCCGCAAAUGUACCCCUGGGGGUCUCCCUAUCUACGCGACCGCCUUGACCGCCAGUCUCGGUCUGUUGGCGUUCAUGGGCACCAGUACGGGAACCGCAGGGACGGUCUUCAACUGGUUGUACAACUUGAGCGCUUCGACCGGUUUGAUCGCCUGGGUCGUCAUCCUCGGGUCGUACCUCCGAUUCUACUACGGACUCAAGAAGCAGGGCAUCGACCGACGAGACUUCCCCUUCGUCGCACCCAUGCAGCCCUACUUGUCUUGGUACGGUUUCAUCUUUUUCCUCAUCGUCAUCUUCUUCAGCGGGUACACCGUCUUCCUCGAGGGCAACUGGAGCACUUCGGACUUUUUCUCAUACUAUCUCUCGGUCAUCAUCUUCCCCAUCGUCUACUUUGGAUGGAAGAUCACCAAGCGGACACGAUGGAUUCGACUUAACGAGAUGGACUUCAUGACCGGUCGACGAGAACUGGACGAGAUCGACGCUUUCGAGCAGGAGCGGGCAGCGACCAAGACCGGACCUUGGAACAAAUUCUUGUCGAUCUUGUUCUAGGCCGCGUCCCCGUCAUCGGGCCUGGCCCGUCACAUACCUUCCAAUUCGAUAUCCGUUACUCGGCUUUGGCCUGAACAGAGCAGGCACGCUUGGAGAAGAGGAUAGUCUGCUACUCUACCACUUGUAUUAUCAUUACCGCGAGGACACCACACCUAGAUGCUUGCAUGAUUCGCAUAUAAUUUCGCUGAG